UGGAGCAUCCUUGCGAGUGUUGUUCCGGCGUCGUUCUUCACCAGGUCAUCUCUAUUUUGUGAACCAUCUAUCAGCAAGCAAGCAGCAAGUUCUCGAGCAUCUUAUCAGCAAGACGAAGCAGGGUCUUCUAAAUUCACGAGCUAUACCAGAACACGGCUCACUUUUGCGGCUCUAGCGAUAAUCAAACUGGAGGGCUUGAAUCCGGAGGAAAUUCAGAGCUUCCGCGUUCAAACCGAAGUUACUAGAGCUUUCGCUUCGGAGAGAAUUCAGCAUCAUGUCGUCGCCACCACCCGAGCUCAUCCUAGACGUGGUUCUAGUUCCGGUCGGCCUGGCGGUUCUGCUUCUCUACAACGUGGUGCUAUACUUGCGAGUUCAACAGAACCCCAUGAAGACUGUAAUCGGCGUGAAUCAUCUGAACCGGCGAGCAUGGGUGUACAGUAUUAUGAAGGACGUGGACAAGAAGAGCAUCCUGGCGGUGCAGACGCUGCGCAAUCACAUCAUGGCGUCCACGCUGCUGGCCACCACGGCCAUCAUCCUCUCGUCCGGCAUCGCCGCCUUCAUCACUUCUGCCGCCACAGCGGACGUCAAGGCGUCCGUGUUCGCUGUGACGCUGGGAUCCAGAGAGCCUGCUGUCGUGGCUGUCAAGUUUAUUUCCAUCUUCCUCUGCUUCCUCUUCGCCUUCGUCUGCCACGUCCAGUCCAUACGCUACACCAACCAUGUCAACUUCCUCAUCAACAUCCCCAUGGGCCCGCAAGCCCAGGGCCUAUCUCCAGACUAUGUGGCAGCAGUGCUGGCGCGUGGCAGCAAUUUCUACACCAUCGGCACCCGCGCCUUGUAUUGCGCGUUCCCGCUCCUGCUCUGGCUCUUUGGCCCCAUCCCCAUGCUGCUCUCCUCGCUGCUGCUCGUCGUUAUGCUCUACCAUUUUGACACUGCUAGGGGGUUUAUGAUUUCGCUAGAAUCGCCAGGGGAGAAUGGGGUGGAAGAGGGGAGUGUGGGAGGAAGCAGAAGAGGAGGCGGAGGAGGGGAACUGGGCAGGAGGAGAUCGGGAGAAGGGGAUAGAGGGGGUUUGGUUGGGACGGGGUUAGAUGAUGUUGAGGCAGGGGAGGUGGGGCAAGGGGGUGGGGGUGUGGGAGGGAGUGAGAGGCUGGCAGGGACGAUGGCAGGGAGAGGUAGUGAGCGCAGCAGUAGAGUAACAGAUGAAGGGGAGGCAGGUGGGUUGGCGCAGCGGAACGGGGGGACAGGCUUGAGUAAACGAGAGGAGAGCGGUGGUGUGGAUGUGCGGCUUAUUCUGGAAUAGUGCGAGGGAAGUGAAGUAUGCAGUGAGUGAGAGGGAGCGAGGGGGAGAGAGGGGAGGGGGUGAAGGUGGCGGCAAGGCAAGAGAGGGAAAGAAAAUGUGAGCAAUUGUAUCAGGGAUGCAAGCUCGCAGCAGAAGUGCUUGCAUACAUGUUCACAUUGCAUGCACACACACACACACACACACACGCACACACACACAUACACACACACACACGCACGCACACACACACACACACACACACACACACACACACACACUCGAGCCUGCUAGACUGGCUUCAUGCCUCAACCGAGGGAGUUGGGCUGGGAGACGAGCAGCAGCGGCGGCAGCAGCAAGGGCAGCAGCAGCAGUGAUGAGCCCAUUCAGGCCGAGGUGAGGUGCAGCAUUGUAUAGCUGGGCUGCACCUUCCCCUGCACGUUCUUUUUAUGUGCUCGCGGAGGGUACAUGUGGUGCCCACCCAUCUGACCGGACAUGUUUAUGAUUCUUUUGUUAUUAUAUCUCCAUAGUUCUGUGCAGCCAGCUCCUGGUACCGCACCACACAUUCUGUCACUGUCUAAUCGUACAUAUC